AUGCGAUCUCUCUUAGUUUUCGUCUCCCUCCUCUCGCUAACGACGGCGAGCCAUGUGUCUCGCAGCGCCCCAGAUACAGAUGGAGAAUACUCCUGGGAUUGUGGUCAUAUGGCCCCUUUCAGUGUAUCAGACUGCAACGAGCUACUUGACUGGUUCAAGACUACUUCCAAAACUGGCUGGUUUGGUAUCGGAAAAGCCAAUGGCCUAGCCAAGUAUUGGGGUUCUUGCCAGCUUUAUAUACAGCCCGGGCCCCUCGGACACUUUGCCCUCGAAAUCCAGCAAGAUGAGUUUGUGGAUGUUGUGCAUCAGGGGUUGGUGGAUAAAUGCCCCGAUAAAUUGACCCGAACCACAGUCAAGCCAAAUAACAAUACUUGGGUAGCCUAUGUAACGGAGAAGGGCUGGGAGCCUCGUGAUGACUUUUAG